AUGGCUUCACCAUUCCUAUCCCCCUACACAUCAAGCGACAAACCCACAGACCUCCUAAUAACAGUCCGCUUCUCCGCCUCGAUCCCCGAUCUCCAACUCGACGUACCAGACCCGGAAAUUACAACAGGCGCAGGUCUCAAACAAUUAAUCCGCGCCGAGCUGCCCCCAGAUCUCUCACCACACCGUCUCCGUCUCAUCUACGCUGGCCGGGGUCUAGAAGAUACAACCGCCUUAACAGUCUCACUCAAGCUCCCGCCAUCCCCAAGCCGCAGUCCAGGCUCUAUAUCAGAAACAGAAGAACAAAGCGAAGCCACAACCGACAGUGUCAAAGGCAAGCAGCCCCUACGAGACACACGACCGCGACUUUACAUCCACUGCUCAAUAGGCGAUAUCGCACUCUCCGAAUCGGACCUAGCAAAUGAAGCAGGAGUAGCCUCAACACACCUCCUCCAAGAAAAGAAAAAGAAAGCCUCAAAAGAUGCAGUCUCAACUCUCUUCCCGCGCUCCGGCCAAUCCAACCUCCAAUCCAACUCCAACUCCCAACCCACACAAACCAACACAACAACCCCCGCACCACGCGGCUUCGACCGCCUCCUAAGCGCAGGCUUCACAAGCUCAGAAGUAACAGCCCUGCGCUCCCAAUUCCUGGCCGUGCAAUCCGUCUCCCACACGCGCGAUACAAUGCCCACAGGGGAUCAAUUACGCGAUUUGGAAGAUAGAUGGAUGGACGAGGGGUCGACGGCGGCGGGUGUGGCGGGUGGUAGUGGAGGGGGUGUAGCUGGAGGAGAUGAUGAUGGGAGUAUUGGGGCUGGGUCGCGCGGGGCGAUGGAUGAUAUGUUGUGGGGAGCUGUUAUGGGGUUCUUUUGGCCUGUUGGGUGUGCUAUGUGGUUGAGGAGGGAGGAGGGGGUUUGGAGUUGGAGGAAGGGGGUUGCUGUUUUUGUGGGGGUUGUUGUUAAUGCUGCUUUUGGGAUGAUGAGGAUUAUGGGGUAG